AUGGAGGCGAUGGAUAUUCAAGCUGUAGAGUCAAAGUUGAGUGAUGUGACAGUGACUGCGAUACCUAUGAGUGGCAAAAACAGUCACAAGGAUGUUUCAAUUGGUGGCAACAGCCAUGCCACUAUAUCAACAGUUCCCGCCUCUUCACCUUCUUCGAACGGCAAAGACAAAGAUAAUGGAAUGUCUAAAUAUGCUCAACUCUUAGCGGUUAUCGAAGAAAUGGGUAAGGAAGUUCGACCAAGCUACUCAGGAAGUCGUAGUUCUGCUGAACGACUUAAGCGUGGUAUUGUCCACGCUCGUAUUCUCGUCCGAGAGUGUCUCAUUGAAACUGAAAGGUCGGCGCGACAGUAA